AGUUUCCCCAGAAACGAAACAUUGAAAAAAGGAGAAUCUGGAGAGCGUCUUUGCAGUGAUUUGCAGCAAUGGAGGAACUAUUUGUAGCGAUACUUUCGAUGCUUGUGUUAGCAGCACUGAUCCCACUCUAUCUAUGGAAACGCCGUCACGAUUCUCAACCUCCCCCUCACCACGAAGAACCUCAGCAGGCUCCGCGGAGAGAAACGGUGGUGCGCGCCACCGGUACCCGUCGUAUGCGCCGGAGACAACCUGCGUCUGGAGCUAGCACUUCAUCAGAUCAACCUGCAACGCAAGAAGAAUCUGCUGAUGAAAGUGACGAUGAAGCUGCUGGCGGAGAGUAUCAUGAGGCUAAAGCAUCAAAGAAAAAGGAAAUUAAAAGGCAAGAGAGGGAAGCGCGACGACAGGCUGAUGAAGCUGCGCGAGAGUCAAGGCAGGCAAAACAAGAUCGUUAUUCAGAGAUGCGGAGGUUGAAGGAAGAAGAGCGUGAGGCGCGGGAACGUAUGUUGGAAGAGGAAGCUGAAGCUCAGAAGGCUAAGGAGGAAGAAGCUGCUGCAUUAGAUUUCGAGAAGUGGAAAGGUGAAUUUUCAGUUGAUGAUGAAGGUACCCUGGAAGAAGUGGAGGAUAAUACCGAAGACUUGGUAUCCAAUUUUGUUGAAUAUAUAAAGAAGCACAAAUGUGUUCCCUUAGAAGAUCUUGCUGCAGAAUUUAAAUUGCGUACGCAGGAAUGUAUCAAUCGCAUCACCUCUCUGGAAAGUAUGGGUCGGCUUUCGGGUGUCAUGGAUGAUAGAGGGAAAUAUAUUUACAUCUCACAAGAAGAGAUGAAAGCUGUUGCUGAUUAUAUUAAGCGGCAAGGGAGGGUUAGUAUUUCCCACCUAGCUAGUAAAUCAAACCAGUUCAUUGAUUUAGAGCCAAAAGCUCAUUACGCUGAGGACAUAAGUAAUGUGGAGGAGAUAACUGUCAAUUGACAUGGCUUUUUGACUUAUGGGUGGAGGAAAAUCGUGUGAUGUACAUAAGAAAAAUAAUGCAAUGAUUUGGUUUGCUUGGAUUUGGUACGCGACUUUGAGCAUCUUUAGUAUAU